AUACCCACAUAAAUAUAUAUCAUCCAGCUCACCCUACCCAGGAGCACCAGUCAUCUCUUUAUCUUGAAAGAACUCAUUCAUUGGGCAGCCCUCCCUCUGCCAAGAUUGUAUCUCCAUCAAUAUGGCCCGUUAUCACCUCAUAGUACCACCUCGCCCUCACACUCUUUUGACAUGUUUGAUUUUCGUGGGCACGCUCGGCCUGCUCUUCUACCUCCCGUUCAUCAAGAUCCAGGCCAACACCUGCACGCCUACCUUCAGACUGCCCACCCGGCAGACCUUCUUCGCCACCGAGAAUGGCCUGAUCGUCUUUGCCACGCCGAUUCGGAAUAACACCAAGAUCAAGCAUCCUAUCGAGAGUCUGAUCGCCAAUGCUAAGACGGAAUGGGACCAAAUGCUCCAGAGACAGAGCAAAACUUUGGCGAUGGCCGUCCAGGAAUAUCAGAGGCGCAACAAUCAAAGAUUACCCCCCAAAGGCUUCGAGAGAUGGUGGCAAUUCGCUGUCGACAAUCAGGUCGGCUUGGUGGAUGAAUAUGACCAAAUUUCAAAAGAUCUGGAACCAUUCUGGGCAAUUGAGCCCUCAAGGCUAAGGAAACUUUCCAAUCAGCUGCAGACAAAACAGAACGAUCGAAGGCUAAUUUUCCAAGUAGACUCAGAGGGGAAAGUGAACCGGACGGGAGCCUUCGGCGCUUCUGCAAGGGCCAAGGACCUCUCCAAUUUGAUGGAAAGUUACCAGAAAUACAGCGUGAAUGCUAUGAAGCCUUUCACGAUGGUCAUUGGGGCCGACGACCAGGCCGAAAUCAAGACCACAUGGAGAGAGAGAUCCAGGCUGCUAGAGCUUUCCAAGCGGCACGAAUUCAUCGAGGAAGCUGAGGAUGUCCAGCUCUCAGAAACCCAUUCACCCUAUGACGAUUGUCCGCCGGACAGUUCUCCUCGAAGUCUGGGCAAAGGCUACAGUAGCUUUGUUUUUGACCACCUGCAAUCCAUGGACAUCUGCUCGAGUCUCGAGCAGGUUCCAAUCCAUGGCUCUUUGGUCAAUCGCCACCAUUCCCCCUUCCAACCCAUCACACCCCUCUUCUCUUUCUCAAAGACCAGCCUCGACUCAGAUAUACGCGUCACUCCUUUGGAGCAGUACCAAUCUACUUAUGUUCAUGUUUAUGACUGGGAUGAUCCCCGAAGGAUCGGAAAGGCUUUCUGGAGAGGCUCUACGACGGGUUUUAACGAGAACCCGAGCUGGAAAGAAUCGCAUCGAUUGAGGUUGCACCAACUGACCCGACCGGCCAAGGAGCGCAAGCAGUUGAUUGACGGCAGCCACGUUGAUCUGGCAAAGGUGAACUCGGAGUGGUUCGAUAUCGAGUUUGUCGGCAAGCCGAUCCAGUGCGAGCCUCCCGCCUGUCAGGAGCUCAAGGACAUGAUCAACUUCCAGGAGUGGGUCGGACAAGAACAGGCCAACCUGUAUAAGUAUGCACUCGAUGUUGAUGGAAACGGCUGGAGCGGUCGAUUCCAUAAGCUACUUUCGUCAAAUCGAGUAGUUAUCAAAAACACGAUUUUUCCGGAAUGGUAUGCGGAUAGGAUCCAACCCUGGUAUCAUUACGUCCCCGUCAAGACGGAUUACUCGGACCUACACGACAUCAUUCACUACCUCAAGACACGUGACGAUUUAGCAAAGCAAAUCGCUCAGAAUGGUCUAGACUACAGUCAACGAUACUGGAGGACACAAGACAUGGCUGCCUACAUGUUCCGGUUGUCGUUGGAAUGGUCCAGACUCUAUAACAGAGAGACUUGCGAUCCGAGUAUGGAAAACCAUCAUUGCGAAUCACACGACUUCGAUUUGAACCUGCUGUGACCUUGGCACAUUUUUCCCUUCUCAACUUCCUUCUUCCCGCCAACCCACAUCCGC